AACAAUACUCCUCGCAUCAACCACGUGAGGCGGAAGUACGUAACACGAUGGUUGCGAAGGAGGGAAUGUUUUUUAUUCGUUAAGUGAAAACCAUUUUGGAAGAUAAUUGAUCGAAACAAGAAAAUUAAACGAUCACGGAUUGGAUAUUACAACAGAAAUGUUUUACCAUAUUUCUUUGGAGCAUGAAAUCCUAUUACACCCAAGGUAUUUUGGCCCUAACCUCCUCAACACCGUGAAGCAGAAGCUGUUCACAGAAGUGGAGGGUACCUGCACUGGCAAGUACGGCUUUGUCAUUGCAGUCACCACCAUUGACAACAUCGGAGCGGGUGUAAUCCAGCCGGGAAGAGGGUUUGUCCUCUAUCCAGUCAAGUACAAGGCCAUUGUGUUCCGUCCAUUCAAAGGGGAAGUGGUGGAUGCUGUGGUCACUCAGGUUAACAAGGUUGGAUUGUUCACAGAAAUUGGUCCAAUGUCUUGCUUCAUCUCUCGCCAUUCCAUCCCCUCAGAAAUGGAGUUCGAUCCCAACUCGAAUCCUCCUUGUUAUAAGACAGUUGAUGAGGACAUCGUAAUCCAACAAGAUGAUGAGAUCCGGCUAAAGAUUGUGGGAACGAGAGUGGACAAGAAUGACAUCUUUGCCAUUGGAUCUCUCAUGGAUGAUUAUCUGGGUCUUGUGAGCUGAUUCGCCCCAGAGGGAAUUUCACAUGUAACAUUUUAUUUAGUAGUCUAAUUAUUUCCUAAUUGAAGAAUGUAAGAUUCAUUUAAGGAAAGGCUUGAUAAUUUUUUUUUCUUUACAUGUAAUAAAGUAUUUUUUAUUUCUAAUAAAUUUGAAUCCUUUUCUGUG